GCGCUUUGUCAUUUUGUAAACAAAAAUCAAAAUUUGUCAACUGAGGACUGACAAUUUUUGAAAGUUUCUAUUAUAAAAAUGUGAUCAAAUUGAGUGCGGGGAAUAAUAGGGAGAUAAUCUCACAAAUAGUGAGAUAUUUUUACUUUUAACUAUAUAAGUUAUUAAAAGUAAGAGUUCUUCAAAAUGUUGCACGAAAUACUAUUAUCUCUCUGGGGGUGUACAACUAGUGUUGCAGAAAUUAUUAACACAGACAUUGAAGAUGCGAGUAAAAGACUUCAUCCAGGAGAAAUAGCUAUAAUGAAAGAGAUUUUGGAGAUUGUUCAAGAAUGCAAUCGAAUAAGAAAAUUUAUUAAACGUUACUCGUCUGUCGAUAUGCAGAAUAAAAAUUAUACUGAAAGUGAUUUAGUUUUUGGUUUAUAUUUACGAGCUUUUUGUAAUGGAAUGGACGAAGCUCUGGAACCUUUUCGACAAGAAAUCAUCGAAAUGGAGCAAAUUGUUUUGAAUGAUUCUCACACACCGGUGUCGAUGAUUCUUUGCCGUUUACAAAAGUAUCUCUCCUUAUUUUGUGUUUUCAAUUCAAUUAUAUCAGAGAUUCAGAGUCGAAAACUUUAUGGAUGUAAAUUAUUGCAGUGCGUGCAUAAGCAUUCGAAUACAGGAAUUCCCGAAGUAAAAGAAGCUCUUGAAAAAGUAAUGCGUUGUAUGCAUGUCGUUUUCUGCAAGCAUCUUAUAAGUUGGCUUUUAUAUGGACAAUUGGAAGACGAGCACAAGGAGUUUUUUAUUCAAAAAAGCGCGGAUGACUCAGACGAUCUUGGAAUUUCAGUCGAUGGAAUGAAUAGCGGUACAACGGAGGCAAAAUGUGUGAAUAUGUGGAAUUACGAUAUACAAAUUGAUAUGCUUCCUUCCUACAUUCGAACCACUUUGGCCUCGAAAAUCUUGUCUAUCGGACAAACUGUCAUCAUGUUCGGAAACGAUCCACGUCAGAAAAAAGAAUUGUGGUACGAAGGCAAAUUGGAAAAUUCAAUUUGGGGCGACAAGGAGAAUGAGCAUUUCGAGAAACUUCAGAGUCUACAAAUGCAGACGAAAUUCAAUGUGAUGAAAUUCGAGAAAACUGUUGACGAUUUGAAACGUUGUGUCACUGAGCAUUUAUGGCAGGUGACAAUUGAAGAGGCACAAUUGAUGCAACAGUUGAAAUUAAUAAAAGAUUUCUAUCUAAUGGGAAGAGGAGAUUUGUUUCUCGAAUUCAUUAGACUCACCUCGCAUAUUCUCAAUAUUGCUCCAACGAAUCAUACAUCGCCGGAUGUUAAUUUUACUUUUCAAGCAGCAUUGAGAAAAUUAUAUUCAAACGACGAAAGUGCCAUGGAUCGAUUUACUUUCUCAGUUAAUCUUCCGCCCAGCAAAACUACCGCCGAUGAUGAAGGAAAGGAUCGAGAGGAUCCAAUCGAAAAACGAGGUUGGGGUUUGAUUGUUCUGCAGUAUAAAGUUGUUUGGCCUCUACAUUUAUUGUUCAGUCCGGCGACUUUGAAGGAUUAUAAUUCCCUCUUUCGAUUUUUGCUGAGAGUGAAGAAAACACAGAUUAAUUUAUGGAAUCUUUGGAGAGAACACGCGCGGUCCAAAAAUAUAGAAAUAGAUGUGAUCCAAUUGAGGAAUAAUUUGAUAUUCAUUGUCGAUAAUUUACAAUAUUAUCUUCAAGUCGACGUUCUUGAAAGUCAGUACACAUUAAUGGAAAAUAGUAUGAAAAUAACGAGAAAUUUCGAGGAAAUUCAACGAGCUCAUUCUAUUUUUAUGGCAAAUGUGAUGUCGCAAACUUUUCUAUUGAGCAGUAAUGUUGGGAAAAGAAAUCCUGUAAACGAUCUUAUACAAUUGUUACUUCGUCUUUGUGAUGAUUUCAUUUUACAAUCGUCUCUUUGGAAUAUGGAAAACUUAUUGGAUUCAGAGAGAGAGGAACUUCAGAAACUUUACGAUACAUUGGAAAGUUUAAUGGAUUGGUUAACGAAAACUUUAAGUCGAGUUCGUUCGCAACCAAGUGGCGAGCACUUGGCACAAUUACUUUUAAGGCUCGACUUUAAUCGUUGGUUUAGUAAGAAACUAGAGAGAGUCUAAAAAAAAAUACUAAACUACAAAUUCGAAAAAAAAAUGUGAGUGUAAAUAUUAUUUUUCUUUUUUUCGUUUCGUAAGUGAUGAUCGUAAAUAAUUUUUGCGCUCUAUUAAGAAUAAUUAUUUUUUAUAUGAGAAAGGGCCAAGUUGAGAAAAUACAGUUUUAAAUGAUCAUAUAUUA